CUGUGGUGACGAAGGCGGCUGGUGAUUUUGUUGGAAAAGCUUAACGAUUAGAAGCGCUGCCGAGAUAAGGAGAGCGUGAGAGCGAAGGCAAGAAGGAAACCGCCCACAUCAGCUGCUGACAGAUCGUCUUCCGACUCCUCUUUCAAGAGCGGGCGAGAGGUCAACAGCCAUUGCCAUUCUUCACGAAACUCUCAGUCUUUGAAGGCGGAAAACGAAGUUGGUAUCUUGUGUCCAUUUCUCGCAGUUGAAAAACUCUAGUGUCACUCCACAUAUUAUGAAUUAACAGCAGUUUUGCCGUUUCAGAGGCAGAUUAUUUUUAUUCUAUGACUUAGCCGCACAUGUACCAAGUGACAUUUGAUAACCCAAUAGUGUUUAGCUCUGCGUUUCUGUAGUGGAUACAAUCUUUGCUAACGGAGGAAAGGUUAUAUAUUCAUUUCCUUUUUGUUCAGAAGUUCAUAGUACCGCCAUCUAUUACCGUUUUCCUGAACAAAAAAGAUGCCAGUCAUCACGAACGGAAGACCCGUCAACCUGAGCAUCGACAACGCCGAGACGGGAGGAAGCGCCAUCGCCUCAGAGAUGGAUAUCGAGCUCUCAGAAAAUUCAACUCGGUCAGGGAGGACUGUGAAAAAACUGCGAAACAAACCCCAAGAAGACGGUGAGAAUAUCGACGACUGUAAUGAAGCAACCAACAUAGAUAUGGUGAUGCGAUGGGCGGACAGUCUUGGGGCGUACGAGUGCGUGCUCAUAUGGGCGUGGGUAGUGCCCGUGUGCUUGUUGGCGCCCUGCGCUUUCAUGAAUAUUUUGCUGAUGACCUAUCUGCCGCCGCACCACUGCACUCCGCCUCCUGUGCCGCCAAAUAUUACUAUGGCUGCGUGGCUGAACAUUACAAUUCCCAGAAACGCUGUUGGUGACUUCGAAUCCUGCGUUAUGUAUGACUACGUCAAUAUCUCGAACACCAACUCAUCCUUGGUCGCUGCCGGAGGUGACAGUGACCUUGGCGGAAGAUACCAGAUGGCAGCACUGAAAUGGUGGACCCAGCAUCCAGACGACCACCCUCCCAACGUGACCACAGGGUGUCAGCUCGGUUACGAAUUCAGCAAGAAUUACUUCACGGAAACAGCAGCCACCGAGAUGGGCUGGGUGUGCGACAAUUUCUACCUCAUAGAACACGUGCUGCACUCAGCGAUCCUGGGCAACCUCGCUGGAUGUGUCAUCUUCGGAGCCUUAGCUGAUAAGAUCGGGCGCAGGAAGGUCUUUCUUCUUCUUUCUCUGAAGGUGGCGAUUCUGGGGUCAGUCUUCGUCUUCCUGCGGGACAUGUGGUUUGUGCUCAGGGUGCGAUUUGUCUUGUCGAUGGGUCUGCCCGUUAUCUACCAGAUCGUCAUCAUCUCAGCUUUGGAGCAAGUCCGGGACAGCCGCAGGGGAAUGGUGACCUCCAUUUCAUCAGUUUUUUUCUCCCUCGGUCAGUGCACCAUGGCCCUCCUCUCCUGGCUGACAGCUCACUGGGUCACACUCGGCCUGUUGACCAGUCUGCCUUGUCUCCUGGCAGUUGUCUACCUCAGAGUGAUUGAAGAAUCUCCGCGAUGGCUUGUUUCAAGAGGGAAGUUCAAUGAGGCUGCCAAGGUUAUCCGACGCAUCGCUCGCAUGAAUGACCUCAGGCCGACCCACGAGGACAUUCUGGCAAAGUUAAGGAAGGACACAACAAAUGACGAGGAGGAGACCAAAGACGAGCCCUCUUGCCAUUUUUGCGGGGUGGCCAGGUAUCCGCACCUUGCUUUCAGGAGGGCCUUCCUCUCUGUCCUGAGUACAUUCUGCAGCGUCGUCAAAUUCGUUGGACAUUAUCCGUCUAUCAGCUGUAGAACAGCGCUACUUACAGUCUGCUGGACGGUCAAUCAGACAAUCUACUUCAGUAUCUUCAUGAAAUACUCAUUGGUCUUCACGAACCCGUUCUUGGGGUUCUUCUUCACGUCGGUCGUGGAAGUUCCCGCCAAUCUGCUCGUACCUCUGUUACUUAGGAGGGUUGGGAGGCGGUCCCUGCAUACCAGCGUUAUGUCCAUAUGUGCAACAGCGCUCUUGAUUACGGCUGCCCUUCUUGGCCAAGAUUACGAGGAGAACAUCUUGGGUGUGCAGGCUCUUGUCCUGCUGGCGAAGUUUUGCACUUCCAUUACCUUCCUGGUGACUUAUCUGCAGGCCGCUGAGCUUCAUCCAACGCCGAUCCGAACCUGUGCUACUGGUGUUGCCUCAUUGAUUGCAUCCUCUUUCAAUGUUGCUACUCCGAGCAUCGUGCUGGCAAUGGAAAAACCUUGGCACAGCUAUCUUGUCUUAGGAAGCCUGGGCUGCAUAGGGGCUUUUUCCUCGCUUCUCCUGCCGGAGACCGCUGGACGGCCUCUCCCUCAGACCCUAGACGAGGCUGAAGCCCUGGAAAGGACGUCCUGUAUGAGCUGCAGUGACAGCAGGAGCCCUGACAUCCCAUCGAUGAGGGCGACGACAAAUCCCGCAAAUGAAAUCGAUUCGGAAUGACAAGUUGAAAUCAUGAUAUAGAAUAUAAACUGAAUUUCAGAAAACGGAGUCUGGAGAACAUUUACUUCAGGAAACCACAGUGAUCAAAUCGGAUUUUGCUUAGAUAAAUAUAAAUGGAAGGAAAUCAGUGAAAUAUAUUGCUUAUAAGUAAACUCAAUUCCGAGUGUAGAAUAAAUGAAUUACCAAGACAGUUGACUAAAAUAAGCAAAUGGAUAUUUCAUUUUAGAAGAAUCAUAUUAUAUUAGCCAAUUAAAGUAAAACCCCAAUUAAAAUAUAACAUAAACGUCAGCUCUGAGUCUUUCUAAAUUACAGUGGCAAAGGACCACAAUAAUAAAUUAUUUGUUUUCUUAAUAUUAAUCCAGCAAGGAAAUCUAAAUAUAGCUCUCAAAUGUAAAGUUUCUAGCAUCCAGAAUACAAAUGGUAGGUCACUGACAUGGCCAAAUUAAAUCUAAUUCAAUGGUAUGUUAUUAAAGCUCACCAAAUGAAAUUCAAACCAAAGCGAACAUAAUGAGAGAGAGUAUUAUAUUCAAAGUCCUACCUCAGCUACUUGAGAACAACCAUGCACAAUUGAAAUGAAGUUUAUGAGUAAAAAGACAUUUCUUGAGUUUUUAAUAAAUACGAAGGUAUUACGUAAUCAUAGUAAUAUCGUGCACUGAAGUAUGGUUGAAAAUCUAGAUUUCAGUAGUAAAGGUAGACGUUAAUUUUGAAAGUUUCCCUUUGCUACAGUAAACCACUCAAUCAAACUGCAUGCUGGUUUUGAGAAUCUUAGUAACAUUUCUCAAGAGACAUAAACAAACAUAAUUUUGAUCUCUUUCAGCAUAAUGAAGCAAGACUUUACUAGUCGAGUUCAAGUCUUUGCCAAGACCAGUUGACACAUCAUGUGCUUUGAUUAGCCAUUAUCACAAUCACGUUGAACAUUUUACAAGUCCAUUGAAUGUAACAUAUUCCGUUCUUUUCUUUCUCUUUCUAAUAAAAAGUUGAUUCUGUCCGUAUGCUUAGAUUAGUCAUUGAAAUGUCUGAGAUCACUAGUUACCCCAUGACCCUUGUGACAUUUUUAUUUCUAUAGGGUCUUUAGGAGCUUUAGUUUUUUCUUAAGAAAAGUUGGGUUGGUCUGUAUGCUUUGAUUAGUUAUGUUAACAUGUAGAAACUCACUAGUUACUUACAUCACAUAGUGGAAUUAUACUCUCUCUUUUAAUACAUUUCAGGGUUACUUGUUUUCUUUAACAAAAGCUGUCAAUCUAUUUACAUGGACUAAUUCUGAUAUCUAUGAUAUUUAUGAUAUCUAGUUUAGCCUUGAACAGUGGAUAAGUUCCGUUGUCGAUUAUUUAGUUCAGCAUUGUUGGUUUUCUGAGGAGUAGAGGAUGAAUGUAAAAGUAUAUGUGCCAUAAACAACUCGUAUUCUUCGUCCAAGAGUACUCAGUAGAUUUAAUUAGUUGUGAAACUGAUCACCAAAUUCUAUCCAGAUCAGUGACGUCAUUUUAAGAUAGCUUUGAAUUUUUCAUUUACACAGAAAUCCAAGAAUCUUCUCUCGAAAAUUGGUUUG